UAAAUUUAGUAACUGUAUAUAUUUAGCAGUAUAUUAAAUUUAACUGUAUAUCCCUCAAAAGUUUAAGAUUGAGUGUAAUGUUUUUACAGAUCUGAUUCUUGAUAAUGCCGCGUCAAAAAGACUUUGCAUGGACACAUUGCACAGCAGUUCCGGGUAGCACGAAGGUCAAGUGCAAUUGGUGUCUAGAAGAGAUCAGUGGUGGAAUUUAUCGUUUCAAAUGGCAUUUGUCCAAAGAACGAGGAAAUAACACCGUGAUAUGCAAGGCAUGCCCUGCAGAUGUCUCGUAUCAGGCGAAGCAAUCUCUUGACGGGAUUGCUGAGAGUAAGGCCAAAAAGGCAAGAAUUGGGGUUGAACUAGGUUCUAGUUCUGCAGAUCCCAGGAUGAACCAUUUGGGUGAGGAGGAUGGUGAAGAUGGGAGUUUCAAGGAAUCUGGGUCGACACAUAAUUCUAUAGCACGUGGACCAAACACAGGUGGAGGAAACACUAAUGCUUUCUUCCAACCUCGUACCACAGCAGGAUCACAAACCACUUUGGAGAGUACAGGAUGGAGGAAAACUGUCACUGAACAAGCAAAGAAGGCAAUUGCUAAUUAUUGGUACUCCUCUCACACGGCAUUUCAUGCUUCCAGAAAUCCAUAUUGGCAACCCAUGAUAGAUGCUAUUGCAGCUGUAGGUCCUGGGUUUCAAGCCCCAUCUUGUGAAUCAUUAAGGGUUGGUAUGCUGAAAGAUGCAGUAGAGGAUGUUCAAGAUGUUGUUAAACAACAUCGAUUGCAGUGGGCUAGAACUGGUUGCAGCAUCAUGUCAGAUGGUUGGACAGAUAGAAGGAACCGAACUCUCAUUAACUUCCUUGUCUCUUGUGAGAUUGGCACUGUUUUUUUGAAAUCUGUGGAUGCAUCUAAUAUGAUGAAAUCCACAAAUGCAUUGUUUGAGAUGUAUGACGUGGUAGUUACAGAUGUAGGGCCACAAAAUGUGGUUCAAUUUAUCACAGACAAUGCUGCUGCUUGUGUUGCUGCAGGGAGACUUCUGACAGAUAAAUAUCCUUCCAUGUUUUUUACACCAUGUGCAGCACAUUGCCUUGAUCUAACCCUAGAGGACAUUGGAAAAAUUGAAUGGGUUAAGGCGGCAUUUCAGAAAGCUCACAAGGUUACCAAAUUUAUUUAUAAUCACACAAGGGUUUUGGCUAUAAUGCGCUCUUUCACAGGUGGCAAGGAGCUAGUUCGACCAGGAGUGACAAGAUUUGCAACAGAUUUCCUUGCAUUACAAACAUUAUGUGAACAAAAAGGUAAUUUGAGGCGAAUGUUUGUUUCAGCUGAGUGGAUGGAGUCUAGUUUCACAACUCAAGCAAAUGGCAUAGCAGUGGCAGAGUAUAUGUAUUCUACCACAUUUUGGGAAUCUAUUGAACAAAUUGUAGAAUUUUCAGAGCCUUUAGUAAAAAUCUUGAGACUAGUGGAUGGAGAUAAACCCCCCAUGGGAUAUGUGUAUGAGGCCAUGGAUAGGGCCAAGGAGGUGAUAAAGAGUAAGCUGGAAAAUAAUAGGGAUAAGUAUAUGCCGUUGUGGGACAUAAUUGAUAGGAGAUGGGAUGGACAAAUGCACACUCCUCUCCAUGCUGCAGGAUAUUUUCUCAAUCCUCUGUUAUUCUAUAAGACUGACUUCCUAGAAAUUGAUGCUGAGAUCAAACAAGGCUUCUUCAAGUGCAUGGAAAAAAUGUUUCCUGACUUGGAAAAAUUUGAUGCGGCUACGAUAGAGCUGGAAAUGUACAAGCAUGCUAAGGGCUUUCUCUCUUCUAGGGCUGCUAUACAAAGCAGAAAGACAAUUCAACCAGCUGCAUGGUGGGCUUCUUUUGGAGAUGAAAUACCAAAUUUAAGGUGGAUGGCGGUGCGUAUUUUGAGCCAACCAUGUAGCUCAUCAGCUUGUGAGCGUAAUUGGAGUGUGUUUGAACACAUACAUUCUAAGAAACGCAACCGCCUAUCACAACAACGGCUGAAUGACUUGGUAUUUGUUCAUCACAACCUCCGCUUGAAGAUAAGGAAAGCUCAAGGAACUAUUGAGGAAUGCUUGCCAAUUGACCUCGAUGAGAUAUAUCCAGAGUGCGAGUUGAUUGCUGCUGAUGAUGCUGAUGAUGAUGAUGAUGAUGUUGAUGAUGAUUAUGUUGUUGCUGAUCGUCCGCUUGUGUCUGAAGAUUUUGAUAUCAUGAGGCAAGCCAACUUUCGUCCUGAAUGGGUUGAAGGAAUUAGGACAGGCUCUUGCCCAGGAGCUUCAUCAUCAGGGCCUCCUGCCCUCUAGCAUGUCAUUGCCUACAUUUGAGAUUUUGGAAUUUUGUACUUAAUUUACAGGUUGACUUUGUUCAAAGUCACAAACUAUAUUGUAAUUGACAUUUUGACAUCUAUCACCAUCUAGAUAUUAUUUAUGGUGUAGUAUAUUUUGUGGAA